AUGGCUUCUUCAGCAAUAACUACCGCCCAAGUCUUGAAAAAUGCCAUAUUAUGGCCCCUAUCUGUUGCCUCUAUAAUGGCUGUCUUGGUAUCUUCGUUCCAGUUCCAAGUCGGGGGUGAGGAAGGCUGGGUCAAACCAACAGGAAACCAGACCGAAGCAUAUAACCACUGGGCUACCAGACACAGAUUCCACAUUGGAGAUUCUGUUUACUUCAGGUAUGAAGAGGACUCGGUGCUGGUAGUCAGCUCCAGUGACUAUGAAAACUGCAGAACAUCGCAUCCAAUUUCCAAGUUUGACGACGGGAACACCGUCUUCCAAUUUGAAAGAUCCGGGCUCUUUUAUUUCAUCAGCGGGCAGCCAGGCCACUGCAAAUCCGGCCAAAGGCUCGUCAUUCGAGUGAUGCACCCCUCCGAAGAAGUUGAGCCCCCUCAAGCUGCUCCAUCACCGGCUGCACCCAAUCCAAAUGGUGGCGGAGGAGAAGAUAUUUGGGACAACUCCAACAACUGGGGGCCGCCCGCGCUUAAUUCUACUGACAAGCUCACUGUUGCAUCGUACUUCAUGACGUUUCUUGGAGGCGUCAUCGUUUUUCUGUAUUGGUUGAUGUAGGAAGCAUUUAU